GGUGGAUUUAUGGGAGUUUGUUAUGUCUGCCUUUUAGAGGUGGAGGUAUAGGGUGGUCUGUUGCCAUUAAACUAUAUGCAUUAGGAAAUAUAUAUUCACUUGUAUGUAUGCUGUCUAAAAUAAAUAUGAUAAGCUCACCAAAUACUUUGGUUAAUCAUGGAAACAUAUUGAAAGCACAUUCAACAUCCUGUGUAAAAUGUGAUGCAGUUUAAAUGUCAGUCUGCCACCUGUUUAUCCUUGGAAACACAUCUUUAUGUAUAGGCACACACCAACAGUAUUCACUUCUUGAAGCUUGGUUAGACAUCUUGCACAACAUGAAAUCCAAUUUUGAUAUGUGCGAACAGAGUGUGACACCUUCCUGCACCUAGCAAGAAUCUAAUCCACUCCAGCCAUCAGGAGUAAAGUUUCACAAGCACGCACCAUAGCAACGGCCUCCCCCGCCCCCUGCAUGACGGCACUGGGAGCUCGCGUCACGGACCGGGGUCACCUGACCGGAAGCGCUGAGUCCGGAAGCCGGGCAGCGGCGUGGAGAGGACGGCUGGAAGCGCGCCUGAAACAUCCUGUAGAAAUGAAUGCGGUGAGAGCCAGCGGAAGAACCUACAUAUGGAUCUUAUGCUAUAUUUUCUUACGAGUGAUAACAUCGGAUACAAGUCUUGAAAAUGAUGUUCACUCUAGUUUUGUCCUGAAAAAGUUAAGGGGCCAUGAACGCAGAGAGAUUCAAAGAGAAAUCUUAUCUGUGUUGGGUUUACCACAUAGGCCAAAACCUCACUCACAUGAAACACAGACUUCUGCACCAAUAUUUAUGAUGGAUCUGUACAAUUCAAUAAAUGACAGAAAAGAGGAGGAUGUUUUUCCUUACUUCAAGCCAUUUUUCACCACAGAAGAGCCUCCCUUGGUUAGUCUCCAGGAAAGUCACUUUCUUGCUGAUGCUGAUCUGGUCAUGAGUUUUGUUAAUUUAGUUGAAAAUGACUCAGAAUUCUGUCAUCAGUGCUAUAGCAAGGAGUUAAGAUUUGAUCUUGUGGAUAUUCCAGUUGGGGAAGAGGUGACAGCUGCUGAAUUAAGAAUAUAUAAAGAACAAAUUCAACAUAAUGAAACAUACCAGAUCAGUAUAUACCAGGUACUUCAAGAACACCCAAGUAAACUGUUCAAGCUUGAUACUUUGAUUAUCUCAGAGGCAGAUAUGGGAUGGUUGACAUUUGACAUUACUUUAAUUAGUAAUCAAUGGGUGAUUAAUCCACAGUACAACCUUGGCCUACAUUUGACAGUUGAGACUAUUGACUAUAGAAGUGUUAAACCAACAGUUGUAGGUUUAGUUGACAGAAGUGGUCCACAAGAGAAGCAGCCAUUCAUGGUGGCAUUUUUUAGAUCAGCAGAAAUACACCUUCGUAACAUUCGUUCUACAAGUGGUAAACAUUGGAAUCAAGACAUAGUCAAGGCCUCAACAGAACAUGACGAACUCCCACUGCCAAAUAUUACGGAGAGCUUCAGGAGUAGCAGCAGUCAUAGUGGCCACCGUUUCUGGAAGCAAGCAUGUAAGAAGCAUGAACUUUAUGUAAGUUUUAGUGAUCUAGGCUGGCAAGAUUGGAUCAUUGCACCAGAAGGCUAUGCUGCUUAUUACUGUGAUGGAGAAUGCGCUUUUCCACUCAACUCUUACAUGAAUGCCACUAACCAUGCAAUUGUCCAGACUCUAGUUCACUUCAUUAAUCCUGAGACUGUUCCAAAGCCACGCUGUGCACCUACAGAACUCCAGGGAAUAUCUGUCCUAUAUUUUGAUGACCGUUCCAAUGUUAUAUUGAAAAAGUAUAGAAACAUGGUAGUUCGAUCGUGUGGCUGCCACUAGACCUAUUACAGGCAACAUGGAGUUAGAAUUAAUGAAAUUGGAAUAGUAUUAUUUACAUUUGGUGCCCCUAAGUCAGUAAUUCCCAACCUUUGUCCUCAAGGUACAAAACAGUCUAGGUUUUAAUGAUAACCAUGCUUGAGCACAGAAGGUUUAACCACCUCUGCUCAAGUAUGGUUAUCCUUAAAAUCUGGACUGUAAGUGUGCCCUGAGGACCAUGGCUGGGAAUCCCUGCUUUAAGUGCCUGUUGAGGUUUUAAGAGAUUUUUUAAUAUUAAAAUUAAGGUAACUGUAACAAAGAAUAAUUUUUAUCUUAAUGUGACAUAAUACAUUUUUAUCACUUUUAUUUUGGAAACUUUUUUUAGUUACUUUGAGUUGGUUUGAAUAAUCAUCAUUGUAUAAUGUGGAUGAUACAGUACAUCUACCUAGCAAUUCCUUGAUUCCCCAAAAAACCUACAUGUUAAAAAUCCCUGCUUGCCAAUUCCGAUAAUUUUUGAGUUAUAAUUAGUGAAUCGAGGAUUUCUAAUAUGUUAUAUUUUUCCCAUUCCUCCAGCUCAUGCAUCGGCAGAAUGUGGAAUUUCGCAAUUAAUUACAGAUGUAUGGGCUCUUUAAAUCAGAGAACUUUUAAUUAUAUGAAGUGCUAUGUAACAUUUUAGUUUAAAAAAUAUAUAUUUUUGGUUUUUCCAGACCACCCAGUGGUGCUUAUGGACUGUAGCAAAAUAGAAGCACUCACCCAUUCUACUUGAUCAACCAUAAGUUCAGAAAGUGGAAUAAUGCAGCAAGAAAUAUACAGUAUUGAUGGGAGAAUGAUCAAUUAUGUUACCUAGUCCCAAAAAGUUCCAACAGCAACUGUAAGUAGAAGGUUUGUGCUGGAAGAGUCUUAAGGGUAUAUUUACUAAACUGCUGGUCUAUAGAAGUAGAGAUGUUGCCCAUAGCAUCCAAUCAGAGUCUACUUAUUUAUCUAGCGCCUUCUAGAAGAUGCUAGCUAGAAUCUGGUUGCUAUGGCAACCUCUCCACUUCUAUAAACCUGCAACUUAGCAAAUAUACAUCUCAGACUUUUGGUACCUCUAUCGCAAGAAGUAUUGGAGAUGGGGGUCCAAAAAUCAUAAUUACUGUUAAUUACUGUAUCGUAUCAUAUAUAUAUAUAUAUAUAUAUAUAUAUAUAUAUAUAUAUAUAUAUAUUUAUUUAUUUUAACGGUUUCUCUUUGGUUUUGUUUUUUAAUGUAGUUCGAUGUUUUUCUGUUCUUUGAAUACAUUAAUUCCAGUAUUAAAAUUCCUUUUUUUUUAUUUUUUGGACAUGCUAUGUAAACAACAUUUUUGUUUAAGUUCUUAAAAUAGAGAUUUGGUGCUUCCCCAUCAUUUAAAACUCAUCUUACUUAUUUGUAUUAAACAAUGGGACUGGUUGGUUAUUGGAUGAUACUACUCAAAAUAAUAAAAGUCGAGACCUAAAAAACCAACACAUUUAUAAUGUUUUCUUACGCUCCACGAUUUUCUUUGUUAAUCCUCUUCCUGAUCUAUAUACUGUGUCAUAUGUAUCAAUGUUCUAAGUUAAUUUAAAAAAAUUGAUACAGUACUUGAUAGGUUAGACUGUAACCUUGUUAGCAUGGUCACUGCAGCUUUCAUGUUUUUUCCCCCUAAUUA